AUGGUUACAAAUAGGCAAAAUUUCUUUUCCUUUUCUUUCUUUUCUCUCUUGCAUACACACACAUCUAAAUGCGACAAACUGACAAAUUUCAAAUUUAAAUGCAGCCACCACUUAUACUCCAACAUUUUUUUCGCGCUUCCCACCUGUGGAACACCCUUCCGAUUUCUCUUCCCACCUGUGGAACUUCCUUCCUAUUUCUAUUCCCACCUGUGGAACUCCCUUCCGAUUUCUCUUCCCACCCGUGGAAAUCCCUUACGAUUUCUCUUCCCACUUGUGGAACUCCCUUCCUAUUUCUCUUCCCACCUGUGGAACUGCCUUCCUAUUUCUCUUCCCACCUGUGGAACUUCCUUCCUAUUUCUCUUUCCACCUGUGGAACUCCCUUUCGAUUUCUCUUCCCACCUGUGGAACUUCCUUCCUGUUUCUCUUCCCAUCUGUGGAAUUCCCUUUCGAUUUCUCUUCCCACCUGUGGAACUUCCUUCCUAUUUCUCUUCCCAUCUGUGGAACUUCCUUCCUAUUUCUCUUCCCACCUGUGGAACUCCCUUACGAUUUCUCUUCCCACCUGUGGAACUUCCUUCCUAUUUCUCUUCCCACCUGUGGAACUCCCUUUCGAUUUCUCUUCCCACCUGUGGAACUUCCUUCCUAUUUCUCUUCCCCCCUGUAGGACUUCCUUCCUAUUUCUCUUCCCACCUGUGGAACUCCCUCCCGAUUUCUCUUCCCACCUGUGGAACUCUCUUACGAUUUCUCUUCCCACCUAUGGAACUCUCUUCCGAUUUCUUGCUUCUCUGA